AUGCAUUUGGAUCUUUCAUUCAAUGGUUUCAGCGGACCAUUGCCAUCAUGGCCUGUGAAGCUGGACAAACUCGUGUUUUUGGAUCUUUCAUACAAUGGUUUCAGCGGACCAUUGCCAUCAUGGCUUGUGAAGCUGGACGAACUCGAGUUUUUGGAUCUUUCAUCCAAUAAUCUCAGCGGUCCAAUCCCUUCUUCCUAUGGCAACAAGUUUCAAAAUCUUCAGCGGCGCAUGGUUAACAAGAAUUCACUUAGUGGGACCAUCCCAUCAUCAUUGUUUUCACUCCCAUCAUUAAUAGUGUUGGUUCUCCAAGAUAAUCAAUUUAGUGGUCAACUUGACCAGUUCCCAUACACAUCCUCUUUAGUGCUAUGGAUGAUUAAUUUGUCCAACAAUUUACGAAGUGGGACCAUUCCAUCAUCAUUGUUGUUACUCCCAUCAUUACAAGAUCUGUACCUCCAAGAUAACCAAUUUAGUGGUCAACUUAGUGAGUUCCAGAACGCAUCCUCUUCACAAUUAGAGACGAUUUACUUGAGUAACAACAGCUUGCAAGGGCCUAUUCCGAUACCCAUCUUUGCACUAGCCAAGCUUUAUUACCUCGAGCUUUCAUCAAACAAUUUCAGCAGUGAUGUGGACCAUGGCUUAUUCCAAAACCUUAUGAUCUUUCAAAUAACCACUUCUCAGUCGGCUAUAGCGGAAGCAAAGCAAUUCAACCUCCAUAUCCUUCGCCAAAAUUCAACAGUUGUCAUCAAGAUCUUGCAACAUUAG